CCUUCCUUCCAACCGAGCAGAUUUAUUUCCUUUCCGUUUUUCUCCACACGCUUGAAGCAUCUUCUCUCCCUCUGUUUCUUUCACAGUAGCUUCUCAGAUUCUUUGAACUAUUCUUUUCUUUUUUUUUUUUGGUAUAAUUCUUUGAACUAUUUUCAGUGUAUAGAACCACAGCCUAAAAGAACCAAACCCUAUUUUCAGGAUUCAAGAACAUAAAUUCUUAAAAUCUGAUUAUAGAAUUUUCAAUUGCAAUGGUAUUUGUAAUAUAAAGAUACAUCACAGUACAGAAGAAAAGGAAAAAAGAAGCGACAAUGUCAGAAAACGAUACAGAAAAGAAGGUGGCCGAUAGGUAUCUAAAGCGUGAAGUGCUUGGGGAAGGUACCUAUGGUGUCGUCUACAAAGCUAUUGAUACUAAGACUGGACAAACAGUGGCAAUUAAGAAAAUUCGGAUCGGGAAGCAAAAGGAAGGAGUUAAUUUUACAGCACUUAGAGAAAUUAAACUGCUUAAAGAGCUUAAAGACCCAAAUAUAAUUGAGUUGGUUGAUGCAUUCCCUCACAAGGGGAACUUACAUCUUGUGUUCGAGUUCAUGGAGACUGAUCUUGAAGCAGUUAUUCGUGAUCGAAACAUAUUUCUUUCACCAGCUGAUAUAAAAUCAUACUUUCAGAUGACAUUGAAGGGACUAGCUUUUUGCCAUAGGAAAUGGGUCUUGCAUAGGGAUAUGAAACCAAACAACUUGUUGAUAGCUUCUAAUGGACAGCUUAAACUUGGUGACUUUGGUUUAGCACGUAUAUUUGGAAGCCCAGAUCGCAAGUUCACUCACCAAGUCUUUGCUCGAUGGUAUAGAGCACCGGAACUAUUGUUUGGCACCAAGCAAUAUGGUGCUGGAGUUGAUGUCUGGGCUGCAGCCUGUAUAUUUGCUGAACUUCUCCUGCGCCGACCAUUUCUGCAGGGGACAAGUGACAUUGACCAAUUAGGAAAGAUAUUUCAAGCUUUUGGGACUCCAACACCUUCUCAGUGGCCAGAUUUAGUAUACCUCCCUGAUUAUGUGGAAUACCAAUCUGUUCCUGCACAACCUUGGCGUAAAUUGUUUCCAAUGGCUAGUGAUGAUGCUUUGGAUCUGCUAUCAAAGAUGUUCACUUAUGAUCCAAAAUCCAGAAUUUCAGUAGAACAGGCAUUAGAGCACAGGUACUUCUCAUCUGCGCCCUUGCCCACCGUGCCAGCUAAGCUCCCUAGACCUGCCCCAAAGCGGGAAUCUCUGAAUCCUAGGGCUUCAGAUUUUAAUCCACCAGAUGGACCCACUGUGUUGUCACCCCCAAGGAAGGCUAGGAGAGUGAUGCCAGAUCGUGAGGUAUUUGAUGGAAAUGCACAACUAGCUGAUAAGAUUGACGAACAUGGUGAAAGCAGACAGGCAGCUGGGAAUUACACAGGCAGGAAUGAUCAGGUGCCAAUGUCAAUAGAUUUUUCUGUGUUUGGAACAAGACCAAUGGGCAGACCCACAAUUAACAGGGUGAGGAGAAAUACGUGCGCUGACUUCAUGAUAAGGACUUGAGGGGUUCUCGUUCUGAGCCAAGAAUAUAAAGCAUAUUUCAUAAUAAUGACCUGAUGUGAACAAAUGGUUCCAUGGAAGCAUGCCUCCUUAUGAAAUUACCACAUACCUAGGAAUAAUUUUUAUUGGCACUGACCUUUUUUUACUUUAGAAUGGAGGUAGGAGUCGGUCUUGGUGCAAGGAGAUAGGGGAAGAUGAUAAUUAAAUAAAGCUUUGGUGUAAGCUAAGAGGGCCUUACUUAUUGACAGUAGGAAUGCAAAAGAGAAUAUCCGUGGCACCCGAAAGGGUUAAUUAAAAAUUAGAAAAAAACAUCGUAUAGCUCGUAGAUGAAUGGGAUAUGGCCUGUUACUUGAAUUCAGUAUAAUCUUAAAAAGCGUUGAAGCUUGUUUUCGAAGUUACUGAUUUGACACUGGAAAAUGAGUUUCAUUGGUGAAUAACAAUCAUCUCACUGCCUAUCAUACAA